UCAAAAGACGUUUGACAUUGUCGUGUCCUCGCGAAAAUUGUGAUCAUUGGUUUUAAUUUUAAUUCAUUUCCCUGGGAAAAUCAAGCAAUUUCCCCGAGGAAUGUGCAUCUAGCGCAUCAAGAGGAUCCUCACUGUGUGCUUGAGUGGUCAAAAUUUGGGAAUUCUCCGUGGAAUUGUGCUGAAAAAGUGGCUGAAAAAUGCGCAGUAGAAGCAAUUCCGGGGUUCGCCUCGACUACUAUCAGAGGAUUGUCCAUCGGCUGAUUAUGGCCCACCAGCAGCCUGUCACGGGUUUAUUCCCUGCCAGUCAGGACAAUCAUCAUGCCUGGAUCCGGGACAAUGUUUACUGCAUCCUGGCGGUCUGGGGGCUUUCGAUGGCGUACAAGAAGAUCGCCGAUCAGGAUGAGGAUCGCGCUAAGGCGUAUGAGCUGGAGCAGAGCUGUGUGAAGCUGAUGCGGGGCUUGCUGAUGGCAAUGCUGCAGCAGAAGGAGAAAGUUGAGCGAUUCAAGAGUACGCAGCACCCCCUGGAUUCCCUCCAUGCCAAAUAUUCCAGCACAAAUGGGCAGAUAGUGGUGAAGGAUACGGAAUGGGGGCACCUGCAGAUUGACGCGGUUUCCCUGUACCUCCUAAUCCUGGCCCAAAUGACAGCUUCCGGGCUGCAGAUUAUCUUCUCCCUGGACGAGGUGGCUUUUAUUCAGAAUCUCGUCUUUUACAUCGAAUCCGCCUAUUGUAUCCCUGACUACGGGAUCUGGGAGCGAGGGGAUAAAACAAAUCAUGGGGAGCCUGAGCUCAAUGCCAGCUCAAUUGGGAUGGCCAAAGCAGCACUGGAGGCAAUGAAUGAGCUGGAUCUCUUUGGCGCACGCGGAGGCCCAGCCAGUGUGAUCCACGUCCUCGCGGAUGAGGCACAUAAAUGCCAGGCUGUGCUGCAAUCAAUGCUUCCGCGGGAAUCAAGCAGCAAAGAGCUCGACUCGGGACUUCUCUCCAUCAUCGGCUUCCCGGCUUUUGCCGUCGAUGACCCCCAGCUCAUCAGCACGACGCGUGAGGCCAUCCUGACCAAAUGCCUGGGGAAGUAUGGGUGCAAACGCUUCCUCCGCGAUGGGUACAGGACCCCACGUGAGGAUCCCCAUCGGCUGUACUACGAACGCUGGGAAUUGCGAAUGUUUGAGAAUAUCGAAUGCGAGUGGCCGCUGUUCUUUGGCUACCUCGUCCUCUUCCACGCCUUUCAGGGUGAGGCCGAUCGGAAUCUCCUCAAUUCCUUUAUGCAGCGUCUCGAGGAUGUCAUGAUACGCACAGAUGAUGGCAUGCGGCUCGUUCCGGAGAUGUACACAGUGCCCCCGGAAUGCGUAACGGAGGAAUACCGCAGUCCGGGAUCGCAGAAGCGUCAAGCAGUCGGGAGGUGUCCCUUCCUCUGGGGACAAUCUCUCUACAUCCUCGGGAAGCUCCUCCAGGAGGGCUUCCUGGCCGUUGGGGAGCUGGACCCACUCAAUCGUCGCCUGGGGGCACAGAAGAAACCCGAUGUGGUCGUCCAGGUGGUCAUCCUGGCCGAAGAUAACAACAUCCGCGAUAAAUUAGCCGAAUAUGACCUCCAUGUGCAAACCAUCGCGGAAGUGGCGCCCAUUGAGGUGCAACCAGCACGAGUUCUCAGCCACUUGUACACCUACCUGGGGCGCAAUAAGAAACUCGGCCUUUCCGGACGGAAAUCCCGCGAUGUGGGCAUCCUCAGUACGAGUAAACUCUACUCUCUCAAAGACCGCAUCUUCGCCUUCACGCCACAGUUCUCCGACUUGACGCGCUUCUACAUUGCUUCCGACAACGAAUUGAUGAUCGAUAUUUUGAAGGGGGAGAUUAACUUCCUCAAAUCCGCGUGGCAAAAUCUCCUUGGAAGGCCACUUGUAACACUUUCCAUACGAAGUACACAUCUAGAUCAAAAUAAAAUUCCAUUGGCUAUGAUACAGACAAUGCGAAAAUUGAAAUCAGGCUACAUCAAUGGUACACGCGUAAUGUUGGGCAACUUGAAUGAUUUUCUGAACACGUCAGCAAUAACGGAUUUAAGUUUUCUGGGGAGUCAGGAGGAUGGCUACCCAGAACGCCUAAAUCCGUCUGUCCAGGCCUAUUUGGACGAACACUUGCUGCGGUCGUUCAGUCAGAAGAACACGAUGAAUGUGCGUACGCCCGGGCAGAGGCCAAAGCAUCUGCGUAGAAGGAUGUCUUGUCGUGGUGCAAUCAAGAAGACCAGAUCCAUCAAUGUGGACAAUGAAUCGGUUGGGAUGGAUCCUGUGCUAACGGAAAGGCGACUCUCAUCCGGUAUGCCUCUUCCGUGGCUUGAGCAGCAACAACCAGGAGGAAAUGGUUCAGGGGAGGCAGAUCGUACGCGUGUUGAACGUUCUCCGGUACAGGAACCCGAAGAUGGGUAUCCGCCGAGUAAGAUUCAAGUUCAGAACUUCGAUGUGCCCCGUAUACAGGUUCCAGGUGUUGGUGGGAGUCGGCACAGGGGUGGUGAUACAUUUGCUGACACCGAAGUCGAAGAACUUCUGGCAAUGUUGCGCGAAACGGAGAGUCUCGAAGAGCAGGGAGAUAUUCUGCAGUAUUUGGUGGAUACACAAGGGUUGGACUUCAAUACAGAAAGCGUUGAGACGGAUCCUAACAAUGCCAAUGCAGACAAUAAUACGUUUCAAUCUAAUACCAAAGGCAUGCUUGAGGAAGGUCGCGUUGUCACGGUGAGGACACUCCUUAAGGGAUUGUAUGAGAAGGCAUGUCAGCAGAAGCUAUGGGGAUUGGUACGGCAUACAGCUGGAAUGCUGGGCAAGAGAGUUGAGGAUUUAGCAAAGGCCGUUACGGAUUUGCUCGUGCGUCAAAAGCAGGUAACAGUUGGAAUGCCUCCAAAUCAUGAGCACACCAUCACGGCUCCUCUGCCCGAAACGGAGCUACGUCAAUUGAUCCAUGAAGCCUAUGGGGAUGAUGAGAGUACAGCUAUGCUUACGCAGGAGCUCCUUGUCUACUUGGCAAUGUUUAUUCGUACAGAGCCACAGCUCUUUCAUGAGAUGCUUCGUUUGCGUGUUGGUUUGAUUAUUCAGGUUAUGGCAAAAGAGUUGUCGCGCACGUUGAAUUGCGACGGGGAACAGGCUUCAGAAUAUCUGCUAAACUUGUCGCCUUUUGAGAUGAAGAACCUCCUGUAUCAUAUCCUGAGUGGCAAGGAGUUUGCCAUUAGUAGUGUUGCAAAGGGGAAUUUCUCAAUUGUCAGCUGUAAGUCAAGUCGUGUGAGUAAGAAGAGUCAAAUUGGCUUGGGAGAUAGUGAGAACAACGACGAUAACAUGACGGAAAUUGAUGAUCGUCAAGGGCAGUGGUUGAGGCGAAGACGUCUCGAUGGGGCUCUCAAUCGUGUCCCGCGGGAUUUUUAUUCGCGUGUCUGGGCUGUUUUGGAAAAGUGUCAAGGCCUAGCGAUUGAGGGGAGAAUCCUACCGCAGACGCUGACGCAAGAAAUGACACCGGGUGAGCUGAAGUUUGCCCUGGAAGUUGAGACGGCUCUCAAUACGAUCCCACAGCCAGAGUAUCGGCAACUUGUGGUGGAGGCAUUGAUGGUUUUGACGCUGGUUACGGAGCACAAUAUGGUUCACAAUCUCGGUGGCAUCAUCUACGUUGAGCAUCUCGUCCAUACGGCCAAUCAGAUUUUUUUGGAGGAUCAGCGCAAAGUGCAGGGCGAUGCAACGCUCUGCUGUGCCAAAUCGAAGGAUAUGAAGGAGACUACAGCUCAGGGGAUGCUCCUGUGCGGCGGAGCAGCCUACAUUUGUCAGCAUCUCUACGAUAGCGCCCCCAGUGGGAGCUACGGAACGAUGGUGUACAUUGCAAAGGCCGUAGCAACGGUGCUGGAUUGUCUGCCGAAACACGGCGACAAGGAUUGUUCGAUUAGUUGAAAAGGAUCGCCUGAAGGCUCUCGGAAUGUUUACUUAUUAGCCCCUUUCUUACAGCAAUGCUGUAGCUACUUGCAACCCAUGAUGGUGGAACAAUGUAAAGACAAUUUUAAUGACAAAUAUACAAUUUUUUUGUUCAGUUCCAACAAA